AUGUCUUCACGAAAAACAAAGAAUGAAGUUAUUUUAAUAUCGGAUGAUGACUCGGAGCAAGAAACACAAGAAAUUAAUAAUUAUUUGAAAAGAAAGGAAUCCACUUCUCAAAAUUCCGAGAAGGAGGAUGAAGAGGAGCAAUCCCAUGCUUCGAACAAGAAACGAAAAAUUACUAGUCUUGAUGUAGUUGAAAAUAAUUCCGCUCGAUUUCCCAUAUCCGAAGAGGAGAGCACUAAAAAUCAAUCAAAACUCAAAGAGAGUACAAAUUAUGAAAAUCCUUUUUUCCAAAACAUUCCUCUUUAUCAAAUGAGAAUUAUUGUCAGCUAUUUAGAUUUUUUAUCCUUUUUGAAAUUGUCACAAACAUGUUCUUUUAUAAGGACAGAGUAUUUUUCAAAAACUGAAUUUUGGAAUGCAUUAAGCGAACAAGUAAUUGUUCAUUCUCUUUCACCUAGCUUGGUCUUUGAUAAAUCAAGCACAGAAUCCAUUGCAGUAAUUCCUAACAAGUUCUCUCUCGUCACGUUACGCACCUUUUUUUCUAUUUAUUUUGAAUCCUUUAGUUUCAUGAACCAAACGAGCCGUUUGGUUUUAGAUUUUGACAGCUACAUGUACAACACUCUGGACAAGAAAGAUGUUUGCCUAAUACCAAGCUAUUUUAAAAAUUUAAGAGAUCUUCAAUUACUGAACAUCAAGUUUUCUGAAGCAAAAGAUCAAUUGCCAAUUAUCAAAUCCAUCAUCUCGAACCAAAUGACUGGUUUAAAGCGCCUAAAAAUCACCUUUUCUGAGAAUAAUACAUCAAACCGAUCAUUUUUGGAAUCUCAGAAUAAUUUAUUGCAUGAAACAGAAACAGCAUCUGAAUUUUCAAAAUUUUUACCUUGCUUGCAAGGACUCGAGGCGUUUCACAUUGGAAAUGUCAUAGGUUGCACAAUCUCCUCAGAAAAGUGGACACCACAAUUGUCCUGGACAGAGCUCUUGCAAAUCGAUCAAGUUGCUCAGGAGACUCUAUUAAGUUUUGGUGUCGAGAAUGUAUUGUCAUCGGAUUUCCAUAAGCUACUAUUUGGAGACCAGAAAAUACUUCCUCGACUGGAAGAAUUAUUUGUUCGAAGUGUUAUGGACAAUUGUGGUGCUUUGACUGACAUGUUCCAACGAGCAAGUUUGAAGAAGCUCAUCAUUUCAGACUUUAUUACUAACAAUGCUAACGUGUUCCAAUAUAUUGUGAAGCAGUUACCAAAUAUUACAUACAUGGACGUGAAAUUGGUACCUUCAGAUGGAGAAACGAAGCCAGAUGGAAUGGUUUACCUAAAAAGCGACUCGUUACGUUUCUUGAAAUUUAGUGAUUUCAACAAAUUUUUUGAUUCCAAUUUGAUACAAUUAGAUUUACCAAAUAUUGAGCAGUUAAGCUUGGAAAAUUUUGGUGAAAUAUCCAUACUUCAAGAGAAGUUGCUUCAUCUGACGAAACUCGAGAUUAGAAACUCAAUGAUGUUAACAGGACAACUUCAUUCAAUUUUAUCCAAAUGUGCAACUUCCGUGUCGUAUUUAAUCAUUGAUUCAUGCCCCAAUGUGAGAAAUAUUCACAUCUUAAAAGAUGUAUUUGGAGAAAAAUUUGCAUACCUUCGACACUGCCAGAUAUCCAACUGUAAAUUAUUGGAAAAGGUAUCCAUAUCAUGUAUUGGUGUUGGAGUCGAAGAUGUGAAAUAUCUGUACAUGCAGAACUUGUCAUUAUCAAAUUUACAGAGUUUACGAGAAUUUCGAUGUGAAUAUGGAACUGAUCAAAUUACGUCUCGAAUAGUUUCUCUUAAUCUUUCCUAUUGUGACGGAUUGAAAGUCCUCCAUCCUGAAGCGUCAUUGAAAACCAUUCAAAAUUUGUCUGUCACAGGAGGAUGUGAAUCUAAUUUAUGGAAUUCUAUCAUUCAAAAUUGCUUGAAAUCGGCUCAAGAGUUGAAAACACUCACACUCCAUUUCAAGAACAGCAUAUUGGUCCAUGCUUUUGCAUUCAGGCUCUCUAAUUUGAUCAGAGACAUUCCACGAGUCGAAGAAUUCACACUAAGCUCCAAAUUCUCAACGAACACCUUCAUGUUCAAUUUCUCAUCUUUAUCCUUAAAGAAAUUGAAAAUCAUUUCAGAAAAUGAAAAUCCUGUAGAUUUUUACAUUACUACACCCCUACUGGAGAAUUUAGAAUUAACACGUAUCACGAACAUUCGAAUCAAGAGUAAUCAUCUUUCAAGUUUGAAUGUCACUCAUUCCAACAUGCGACAAUUAUCCAUUUCUUCUGACAACAACCAAUUAUCAAACAUGGAAAAUAUUUACCUCAAUACAGUCACUGGAGAAGCAUUGCUAAAAACCCUAUCUCAAUGCCCUAAUGUGAAACGCCUCACCCUCAUUCAAGUGGACAGCAACGCCAUUGUCAAGACACUUUUACCAAGAUUUGAAUUUCUUGAAAAUCUGUACAUUUCUGGACCUGUUCGGAGAUUUCAACUCAUUCCCUCGUUGCGAAUGGUCAAUAUCAUGUCACAAACUCUGCAGAGUGUGAUCGUGCCCAAGAUUGAAACGAGCAAGUAUUAUCAAUUGGCGAAAUUGAAUCUCUCGUUUUGUUCCAAUCUCUCGAAAAUUGAUAUUGAAUCCAAAGACACAACACUUCCAUACCUGAGAAUGGUAGAUGUUCGAACUACUAAGGUGCAAGAUGCAUCUCUCAAAAAGAUCAUUUCAAGAGCGCCAAGAUUGAGUUGUAUACGAGCAGGAAGUAGUGCUGUGAGUGAAAAGUUUGAAAAGGAAAUUAAGCAAGGAAAUAGAAAGGCCAAUUUUACAAAGAAGUAA